GUGAAAAAUAUCCUGGGUUCCUUGGAGUUUUAUCUUUCCUCGAAAACCCAGCGAUGAUAAUGAGGUGAAAUUGUAAUAGAAGCGUCAUAUCAGCCUGAAGGCCGACACUGGACACAAAACAUAUACAGUGUGCGUACUAGUACCUGAGAAUAAGAUAGUCAAAAAUGGUAGUUUUUACGGGAGCAGCCGUUGUCACGGUAAUUACGGGCGGGGCGGCAGCAGGACCGAUUGCAGCUGGUAUAGGGACUGCUGCAGGGACAACUGCCGCUGGUGUGGGAACCGGCGCUGCUGUGGGAACGGCUGUCGGCGUUGGAACUGCCGGUGGAGCGAUAGCAGGAGCUGGGGUUGCCGGAACGGCUACCGGUGCAGGUAUUGGUGCUGUGGCAGGUGGGACUGCGGCAGCGGGAGUUGGCGGAAGCGGAGCCGGGUUAGGUGCUUUGGUAGCCACGGUUGGCACCGGUGGCUGGGGCUUGCUAGCUGUUGGUACCAGUGUGAACUCUGAAGAUGGUGAGACAACUUAUGACUGCUGGAAGCCAGUGGUACAUGAUAAAUCAACAGAACCAUCCUCUGGAAUGCUACUGAAAGACAUGAUUUGCCAUCCUAAUGUUACCAACGUAACCAUGACAACGGGCAUCUGUACUGAGCUUCCCAGUAUCGUCAUUGAAAAUAUCUGGAACGAAACGUUCGAGAUUCAGUAUCUGGUGUUACACAACACUGGGAAGAUAGCGUGCCACGCAAAACCCGUUCAUGAAUGAAAAGCCGAGGUUAGAUUAAUUUUGAGAAUAUUGUUGUUUCUUUAUAGCAUUUGAUGCAUCGUGGAUGCCAUGAAAAAUUAAACACACAAUCAUAAAUCAAUAUUUUCUUUGUAUUCAGGUGAGUUUUAAUUAAAGCACGAUUGUAUUUCAGAAGCUGUAUGUAUAUAUUUACUAUAGUGAGUUGUCUUUAUUUCAAAAAUAUUAGGCGACAAUACCAAAAACUUUUAAAUUAUAACUACUGCAGUCAUAAUAUCAUUUUCAGUUGUGUAAGUACAUUACGAUGUGGAUGAAUGUGCGUGUGUGUUUAACAUUCAAGUUCUUGGCUCCGAUAACGUACGGUAUGCAGAGUACAACUUAAGAAAUGUAAUGUUGUCAUUUUUGUGAACCGUUUUACAAAACAAUUGCAAAACAACUAAAAGGUUCCAAAUAUUCUGAAGAAUUGAACUGUCUCUUUUAAUUUAUCAAAUCAACUUUCUAACAAACUCUAUUUAGAUAUUACACCCAGCAACAUUAACGAGUACACGUUUCGAACACUUACAGAAAUGACUGAUUUACAAGGGUGUUUCAUGAUUUUGUAAACGAGAAAACAUUAUAAGACAUAUGUUAGAUUGAUAAAAUUUGCAUCUUUGUGAAUUAUAGUAUACAUAUCAUUAUUGGUUGUGGUAGAUUUAUAUUGCAUUAUGGUCUCCCAAUAGAAAUGCACGACAUAUUUUACUUAACCUUGAUCUGUACAUUUAAUUUCCUCGGGCGUAUUAAUUGUAAUUCCGAAAAAAUAAUCGUAUUCAUGACUGAGCAAUAGGUUGUAUUUAUUUUUGAACAAGACUUUUAUGUAGAAUUAGAAUACAUUUAAAAAUAGAAUGAAGGGUUUUGCGUUUUAAUGGCGUUAAGUAUACUUUAAUAUAUCGUAAUCGCAAUUGUGCAGCGUGACUGUCCAUGUCCAUUAUAUUCCGUAUUGGACGAUGCAACAACUUCGAAUCUUCGUGUAAAGUAUCCGCAUGCAUAUCUAAAUCAGUUUCAUUGUUUUCCUUUUUUACUGAGAAAAAUGAGCGAUUAUUUGACAUUGUCGAAUAUAUUUGGACUUGUACCACCGGCCCGUCAGAUACGUUGCUUGGAAUUGGUACUGCCGUAUUGUAUUGCACAAAAUGUUAAAUAGAUGAAUAUCAAUGCCAUUUUAGUUCUGGAUAUGGAGACAUUUCUUGAUACAUAAGUUAUUAAAAAAGUUUGACGAACGUUAGAAUAUUCAUUACAUGCAUAAUGCUGCGUGAAAAAGAGUAUGCUAUAGUUUUUCUAAUUUAUAUUUACCAUUAAACUUUACACAUAUUAUAGUAUGUUAUUUUCUGUUUCACAAAUUUUACCAUACUUUGAUGUAUGUACAUUAAUCUAGUUGUUACACUUGUUUUCUUAUAUUCUUUUAAACCAUCAGUUUAUGAUGGUACAAAGCGAUUAUUUUUGAUCAAUAUUUAACUGUUUUCUUAUUGUUAUCAUAACAUGUAUUACAUCUUAGUAAUAAAGAAAAUACAUUUCCGA